AUGUCGCAAUCACUACCCUUUACGGCGACAUAUGUACAUAGCACAAACACUGACGCCCCUACCCGUGUCCGAGUGAGUUGGGGCCAAGCACCCGUCAAGGACACUACGCAAGAAGCGCGACCCAGGACCAUUGGACCCCAGUACAUUGAGACACAGCGACCUAAAGUCAUCAUUGUGGGGGCUGGCAUCGCCGGACUUUCUCUGGGGGUGUUGCUCCAAAUGGCUGGCAUUGAGUUCCGUAUCCUCGAACGGGGCACAGAAUUCGACCACGCAGAAACGGCCAUCUUUUUGAACGCGACGACACAAAAGUUCUUCCAACAGAUUGGCGCCCUAGAAGAGAUCAUGAGCCACGCAAAGUCGACGACCAGCAUGGUCGUCGCCAACGAGGACCGGAAGGUCGAGUACACUCUGGAGUUCGGUGAACAAGCUAAACUUUUCGGUUCAGUUGGAUACAUCGUCCCACGGAGGGUCCUCCACAAUAUCCUGGUUUCACGAAUUGAGCGACAAAACAUCGUCAUGGGAAAGAGAGUCCUCACCUACAUCCCUGGUAACCGCUACGUCACAGUCAAGUGUUCCACCGGCGACCUCAUUACUUGCGAUAUCUUAGUUGGAGCAGAUGGCGUAUUCAGUGCGGUCCGCCAAAACCUUUAUGAUGAACUCAGCGCCAAGGGCCUCCUGCCACCCAAGGACUCGGAAGAUAUCGUCCUCUCCACAGUCAGGCUAGUUGGACAAACCAUUCCUCUGGACCCAGAAGAGUUCCCUGCUAUCAAUGACGAGAACUGCCAUUUUGUGCAAGUCAUUGGCGAUGACAAGCCUUAUUCGUGGACAUAUUUUACUACAGCGAGCAACUGUGUCGCAUGGAGUGUAACCCAAUACCUCACGACCGCUGAACAGGACAGCAACAAAGUCUUUGCUAACACGACCUUUGACUACUCACAUGCAUUGAGCAUGGCGCGGGAAGUCAUGAACUUUCCUAUCAUCACUGGAGGACCGGGAGCACCCACCAUAAAGGACUUUUUGAAAUACACCACAACAAGUCUGAAGAAGAUUGUGCUCGAGGAAAAGCUGUUCAAGACAUGGUAUCAUGGUCGUGUUGUUCUUAUCGGCAAUGCAUGUCACAAGAUGAAUCCUUCAGGAGGAUCGGGAGCAACCAAUUCUAUCCACGACGCCAUCUCGCUCGCAAACUACAUUAACCUCAAGGCGAUAAUGAUUAGGCUAUAUGCAAAAACCUUGACUGGAGCCGUGGCGCGCAGCGCCAUGAUGAAAAUGAACGCCAACAGACCGCAGGUGGCGUUUCUCGAGUAUGUGCCAGACACCGGGACUGUUCCCUCGGAGUACCAAUCCAGUUACCAUUUCACCUUGGAAAUUCUCAAAAACCGAGCUGCGGAGGAAGAAGAGGCGGAGGCUAGAGCUAAGGAAAUGAAAGAUAAUGUCGCAAGAGAGGCGUCUCAUGCUUCAACCUCGAGUCCAGUGUUGAUUUCAAAGGCUCCUCUCACCCCUGCCUUGGCUGCCAUUGCUGAAGCAUCCGCCAUCGCCACUGCACGCUCAGCUGCCGAUGCUGUUGCUGCUGCUGCUUCUCUACCCAAGAGCGCCCUGGAGAUCUUCCAGACCACUCCUUCAAAAGCAAAGAAGCCGGUUGCUACCAUCAUUUAG